AUGCUACCACAAAUAUUAUACGUUUUGUACGAAGCUGGUACAACUGUUUCCUUGGAAGAUUUAAUUAGCAAGCUGCAAAACCUGGAUAAAGAAGCAUAUACCACGAAAGACAUUCACAUCCAAACGUUGAGCCUUGAGGACGCACUGGAUAAAGGCAUCAGAUUUGGUUUCAUAACAAAAGAUCGAAAGCGUCUAACGUUUAAGAUUAACGUCAAUUUUUUGCGGUUCGAAAACUAUCACUUCAACAGCAAAGCACAGAUGCUGAGCGAAGAAUUCUCCUUGUACGGGAUCACCAAGGUGCUUGAGAAUAUGAAGCGCUAUUUUCAAUCAGACACUAGCGACGAUAGCUCGGAAUAUGACGACAGUGAUGCAUACAAUUCGGACGAUGAGCAUUCCCCUACGCCAAAAAAAAAGGCGAUGGUUAGAAAAACCGACAAAAUUUCGAAAUUACGCAAGAGAAGAAUAUUUGCGGCUGGCGCAACGCCGAAAAGGCUUCUCAGGAAGGACGAAUAA